UGGGCUGCAGGUCAAGAGAGCCGCCACAGCUCUUCCAAGUGUCUCUUUGACAGGUUCUCUUGGAGGAGAUCUUUCUUUUGUUAACCCAUCCUUUUAAUCAAAAUGGCACCAAAGAAAGACGUGAAGAAGCCUGCUGCUGCUGCUGCCCCUGCCCCAGCCCCGGCCCCGGCCCCAGCCCCAGCCAAACCUAAAGAAGAAAAAAUCGACCUGUCUGCUAUUAAGAUCGAGUUCUCUAAGGAGCAGCAGGAGGAAUUCAAGGAGGCAUUUCUCCUGUUUGACAGAACAGGAGAAUGCAAGAUCACCUUAAGUCAAGUGGGUGACGUCCUUCGGGCUCUGGGCACAAAUCCCACCAAUGCAGAGGUCAAGAAGGUUCUCGGGAACCCUAGCAAUGAAGAGAUGAAUGCUAAGAAAAUCGAGUUCGAGCAGUUUCUGCCCAUGAUGCAAGCUAUCUCCAACAACAAGGACCAGGGAGGCUAUGAAGACUUUGUUGAGGGGCUGCGUGUCUUUGACAAGGAGGGCAAUGGCACUGUCAUGGGUGCUGAGCUCCGCCACGUCCUUGCCACUCUGGGUGAGAAGAUGAAGGAGGAAGAGGUGGAGGCGUUGCUGGCAGGCCAGGAAGACUCCAAUGGCUGCAUCAACUAUGAAGCUUUUGUGAAGCACAUCAUGUCUGUCUGAAUCGAGUCUGGAAGAACACAGUGUUUGGGAAGACUGGCCAGAUGUCAGUUCAAGAACACCCAAGGCUAACAGUCCACAUCUGCUUACCACUACCAUGAAGAUCAAAACAACCUAGACCAUUCUAUACUGAAGGGUCCCAUAAAUUUUUAUAAGCCUUGAGUUUUUUUCAUAACACACAAAUCAGGCAUCUUCUGUUCUAGGGGAUAUGAAUAAAAUAUUGAUAAUCUCAAGUCCAAGCACCAUCUUUAUCAUCUACUU